CGGCAGAGGAAAACUUACCCCGGUUGAUCCAUGGAGGAGUGUGGGAAUGCUCUGUCCGUAGGUGGGAAGAAGAGAACCGGACCGCAGCGUUUAGGCCACAUCCCGGACUGCCUCCGCCGGUUUGAUCUCCACCAGAAUAAACACUAGAGCGCCGGUUUGACACCAAACAUCUGCGGGAAAAGCACAUUUAAUCCUGCGCCUCUGUCAGGAUGAUGUGACAAAUCACUCAGCUGUUGCCUGGGAAAUCUGCAAAACAGGAUUUUUCAUUGCUGGAAAUCACCUGACCUGGUUAUUAUAAGGCUGGCAGGCCUGGGGUGGUACAGAGAGCAUGGCUGAACCACGGCGGGAGAGCACCAGCAGCCUGCAGAGGAAGAAACCUCCGUGGCUCAAACUGGACAUUCCCGCCACUCAGAUGUCACUCGACGAGCCUCCCACUUUUGUUCAGCCGGUGAAGAGACAGGGGUUCCUGCGCAGUAUCAGCAUGCCAGUGGAAACCAGUCACCUCCAGUCCCCGCCCCGUGACCUCUUUGACCCCCGACGGCCUGUCCUGCAGCGCCAGUCGUCCAUCACUCAGACCAUCAAGAGGGGCACAGCGGACUGGUUUGGGGUCAGUAAGGAUGGCGAUGCCACACAGAAAUGGCAAAGGAAGAGCCUGCGCCACUGCAGCCUGCGCUACGGGAAACUGAAGCCGCAGGUGCUCCGAGAGAUGGAUCUGCCCAGCCAGGACAACAUCUCCCUUACCAGCACGGAGACGCCACCUCCUCUCUACGUCCCCGCCUCACAGCAUGGCAUGCAGAAGAUCGUGGACCCGCUGGCGCGAGGACGGGCCUUCCGCAUGGUGGAGGAGGUGGACGGCUACAGCGUGCCUCAGACCCCCAUCACCCCCGGCGCCGCCUCGCUCUGCUCCUUCACCAGCUCCCGCUCAGGUCUGAACCGACUGCCUCGCCGGCGCAAGAGGGAGUCUGUGGCCAAGAUGAGCUUCAGGGCCGCAGCGGCGCUGGUCAAGGGGCGUUCAUUGCGGGACAGCACUCUGAGACGGGCCCAGAGGCGCAGCUUCACCCCUGCCAGCUUCAUGGAGGAGGAUGUGGUUGACUUUCCUGAUGAACUGGACACGUCUUUCUUUGCCAGAGACAUUCUGAUGCAGGAGGAGUUGUCCACAUUUGCAGACGAAGUGUUUGAGUCCCCGUCUGAGGCUGAUAUGAAGGACGUAGAGCCCAGCAGCAAGAUGGAUGAGACGGAGCUGACAGGCAGCGCUCUGGAUAAAACAGAGCUGGAGAGGAGUCACCUCAUGCUACCUCUGGAGCGGGGGUGGCGUAAAGCCAAAGAAGGAACUCCAGGACCACCAAAGGUGCCCCUGCGGCAGGAGGUGGUGAGCGUCAACGGCCAGCGGCGGGGGCAGCGCAUCGUUGUACCCGUCAAAAAGCUUUUCGCCAGAGAAAAGAGGCCGUAUGGGUUAGGCAUGGUGGGGAAGCUCACGAACCGCACCUACCGCAAGCGCAUCGACAGCUACGUCAAGAGGCAGAUAGAGGACAUGGACGACCAUAGGCCUUUUUUUACAUACUGGAUUACUUUUGUCCAUUUGCUGAUCACAAUCUUGGCCGUGUGCAUCUAUGGUAUUGCACCAGUGGGUUUCUCCCAGCAUGAGACUGUUGAUUCUGUUUUAAGAAACAAAGGUGUGUAUGAAAAUGUCAAAUUUGUACAGCAGGAGAACUUCUGGAUUGGGCCUAGUUCGGAGGCUCUGAUCCACUUGGGGGCCAAAUACUCUCCCUGCAUGCGGCAGGAUAAGCAGGUGCAUGAUCUGAUCAGGGACAAGAGAGCUAUCGAACGCAACUCUGCCUGCUGCGUGCGGAACGAUCGCUCCGGCUGUGUCCAAACCUCUGAGGAGGAGUGCUCGAGUACUCUGGCAGUGUGGGUGAAGUGGCCGUGGCAUUCGAGCACUCCCCAGCUGAACGGCAAAGACAGACAGUACGGCUCUGUGUGCCAUCAGGACCCAAGGAUAUGUCUAGAGCCUGCCUCAGUCUCUCCUCAUGAGUGGCCUGAUGAUAUUACUAGGUGGCCGAUUUGCACCAGGUACAACACAGGGAACCACACCAACCUGCCUCACAUAGACUGUACCAUAACAGGCCGGCCCUGCUGCAUCGGAACCAAAGGGAGGUGUGAAAUCACUUCCCGGGAAUAUUGUGACUUCAUGAGGGGCUACUUCCAUGAGGAGGCUACUCUCUGCUCUCAAGUGCACUGCAUGGACGAUGUGUGUGGCCUACUGCCUUUCCUCAAUCCUGAGAUCCCAGAUCAGUUUUACAGACUGUGGCUCUCGCUCUUCCUGCAUGCUGGAAUCCUUCACUGCCUGGUGUCGGUGGGUUUCCAGAUGACCAUCCUGAGGGACCUGGAAAAGCUGGCAGGCUGGCUGCGCAUCUCAAUCAUUUACAUCCUCAGUGGCAUCACAGGGAACCUCGCCUCAGCCAUCUUCCUACCCUACAGAGCAGAGGUGGGGCCGGCGGGCUCUCAGUUUGGGAUCCUGGCCUGCCUGUUUGUGGAGUUGUUUCAGAGCUGGCAGAUCCUGGCCCAGCCCUGGAGGGCCUUCAUCAAGCUGCUGUGUGUGGUGCUCUUCCUCUUUGCCUUCGGCCUGCUGCCCUGGAUCGACAAUUUCGCCCACAUCUGUGGUUUCAUCUCUGGCUUCUUCCUGUCGUUCGCCUUCCUACCGUACAUCAGCUUUGGCCGCAUGGACAUGUACCGCAAACGCUGCCAGAUCAUCGUCUUCCUGUUGGUGUUUGUCGGGCUCUUCGCAGGCCUCGUGGUGCUCUUCUACGUCUACCCUAUCAAGUGUGAAUGGUGCGAGCUGCUCACCUGCAUCCCCUUCACGGACAAAUUCUGUGAGAAGUACGACCUCAACGCUCACCUCCACUGAAGCUGGGAGAGUUUGUGUGCGAACAUCAGGCCAGGAGACGUGGAUUGACAGAUGACAUCAGCCGGUCCCUGUCUCCACUCUGCCCUUGUGUCGCUCCCUUCUCUGUGAACUCUUGACAAUAUGCUUGUGUUUUUUACUCUGUUAGUAUAAAUAGAUAUGCCACUCGUCAUAAGGACGUUCUGUAAUCACCUUCCUUUUCACCGGCAGUCAUUGUCACUUCCUUCACGGUCCAGUGAAACAAAUGUAUGGCACUUCUAAACCUCAUGAAAGCUCCCAGCUGCCCUUGUGUGUGAGGCAGGGAUUAGCAAAGCCAGCACUGGUACAGAGAGAAGGAAUAUUUCGUUUUUUACAUUCACAGUCCAGAAGUAGGUUUUAUUAUUAUUCAGGCAACCUUGUAAAGAACCAGGGACAAAAAUCACAUAUUGAUACCUUUGGUGCCUUGUUGAUAAAUGUACCAACUACUGCCAUAUUUUUGUUACAUUAUGCUGAGCACUCGAAUGUUUUCUUUUAUUUGUUUAUUGCUUCUCAAGAAGUGAUGAUUGUUUUAAACACGGUAGUGUUUUAGCUACCUGUCUACUCACAUGUAACUGAAUACAAGAGUAAAAAAAAUCUACAAAUUA